UGUUAAGAAUAAAUCACUAAUUCAUAUUCACGUUUUGUGAUUUGUUAUUAGUGCAGUAAUAUCUAAUAAGCAACUUUUUAGACAAUUUUGAAACUUUUCAAAUUAUUAAAUUGUUUACCCUUAACGGUUAACGGAAAAAGUAUUUAUCUAAAAGUAAUUUGCUUACUUACUCAUAAAAAAGUUGAAAAUUGUUACUUUGUAACGAUCUCAUUUCACCGCAACAAUAUAACUUUAAUGUAAUAUAGAUGACCAACAUCAACGCGUGGACUACUUUAGAAAAAGAAAAGUAACGCGUGCGCACGUAACUACUGCGACAAAUAAGGAAAUUUUAAUAAAUUUAUCUUGAGCUAUGGUGAAUAUUUUAUCAAGUGCUUACACUUUCUACAAACCUUUUUUUGAACGAUGGGGGCAGACGAAGCCCGCAUGUUUCGCUCCUUCUCAAAGUGUUCCGCGUUAUUUUCUCUAGUUUCUCAGCGCACCUGACAGAGUUAAAAUGUCGGCAACCAAAACCUUGUCGAGUUUUUUGUUCCUUGCGCUCGUUUUGUCGCACCAGUUGAGUGAGUAUUUCAGUUUGUUUAUUUGUUAAUCAGAUUUGUAUAGUAUUAUAUUUCAGGUGAAUAUACUGUGAAAUAGCUUUGAGUUUUACGUAUAUGUUUGUAAAAUCAUGCAAAAUAUUAUCUUUCCGAAACACUCUUAAUUAUGUAAUACAAUAUUUCUUCCAAAGCCAACUUCGUCGACGCAGUGCCGACGUCAAACCAUCCCAAGAAACUCUCCACCACUCUCCAGCCGCCGAACAAAUCCAGCUACAGAAACGCUCGGUUCCUUGGAAAAUUCUCCUUCCUAGCAGGACUGGGACUACCCGACACAGUUCCACUGCCCAUAAAACGCGAAGAUCUUCUCUACGAAAGAGUACCAACGCGAUUCUCGGCGAGUUACAACUUUCCACCGGUGCGUUGGGGUCCGUACUUCGCCGCCGUAUACGAACCCACGCCGAUCUUCUUCCGCAAUCCCUUGAGCUACAUCGCUGCCGCCCUGAAUCCCUUCAAUUGGUUCGCUGGUACCGGAACCACGAGUAGCACCGGCAGACCCGAGACUACCACUUCUGUGCUGUCCACGAGUCUGCCUAUAGCCGUGAGUAGUCAGCAGGACGGCGACGUCGUGGUGCUUCUUCAAGAACCGGAUAACGAGAUACCGAACGAGGAUCGGAUUUUGAGCAGCGAUAAGGUGGAGAUGCAAACGGAGAAGCAGGACUUUCACACCGACAAGACCACGAAAAUCAUGAGCACCGAUGGUCCCGAAACAACCUCUACGUUCGGUGACGUGUCUACGAUAAUAGCCGACAACGAGGACACGAGUAUGGAUGAUCUGACGGCCGAAGAAACUACGCUCAAACUAAACCGCGGUAUUAAUCAACGAAUCAGUGACGAGAGCCGCCAAACUCAUGAAAAAAGGCCUCAUAGAAAAAGACCACACACGACUCACAAAGCCACACGUCCGACUACAAAACAGGCAACAACUGCAUCGACCAGAGCUACUACUACCACUACGACUACGACCACGACCGAAACAAGUGGAGAGGCAGAAGAUGUGACCGACGAGACCUUUUUUCCACCGGAGAUCACGGAAAGCCCGAUGACGACCGAAGCUAACGAAAACGUCACCGAAACACUUCCUCCGCCAACUAGUUCACCGACCAGUCCGCCAACCAGUACCACCAAACCAAGUCAACCAAGCUUCUAUCCAGGCUACUAUUACGGCGGACAGCCACAGGACAUUUCGAAUGUCCAGUUCACGACCCAACAGCCCGACAUCAUCACCAACGCAGUUCCAGCGAGACUUCAGGGAUUCAACAGUGGCAAUCCAUCCCGCCAGCAGUUCCAGCCCAACUACGACAAUUACGAUCAGUCGCAGUCACAGUCGCUCUUCGACUACUACAGCCGCUACGACCAGAAUCCCGCGGAGAGCAAAGAUUUCUUCGGCAAACCUCUGGAUUUCCUGAACAACGGCAUCAAUACCAUCGAUCAGCUGAACGGCUUCAAGCCCAGCUUUCCGUAUUACCACUAGUGUUGAGAUUAGUAUUUGUACAUUUCCUAAUAAAAGGGAACGAAUUCUCACCUUAUAAUAUUAUCGACUUAAAAGCAUACGUUUUGUAUAUUUCAAUAAAAAGGUACCAGUAGGCUGCA